CAUAGAAUUGAUAGAAAUGAAGAAAGUUAAAAAUUGGACAUUUUACAUAAACAUGAUGGUUUUGAUGGGUAUUUAGGUAAACCUUAUAUGUGGAAGAUAAUUUUAAGAAUCAGGAAAUGGCCUUGAGUCGAAAAGAAGUCGAUGAAAUAAAGCCAUGGUUAAAAGACACAGUAAAAAAGCGACUUGGUUAUUCUGAAAAGUCUGUUGUAAACGCUGCCUUACAAUGCUUACAAAACAAUCUAGACAAGGAUUCGGCUUGCAAGGAACUUACUUCGCUACUGGACGAUAUAGCACCGACGUUUGUUGAUGAUCUGUUCUCGAAACUCGAUCGGAUCCGCAGACCGAAGUCUUCAAGUCGACAUAACACGAACAAGAAACGUACUUUAGAAGAUGUGUUUGGUGACAGUCGUGAUCAUGACGAUGUGACAAGAGAUGAAUCUGAAACGUUGAGAAAACGUAAAAAGACUAGAUUCGAAGCCUUAAAAGAUGACAAUGAACCCUUGCCUCCACCAGUUCCAGACUUCGAACCAGUUGAGGUUCCUGCCCCACUGGAUGCUUCGCAGAUUUCGGCCAUGUUGGAAAAGAAGAAGAAGGAAUUGGCAGAAAGGAGAGAACAGCUUGAGAACUUACGUAAACAGCAACAAGCAAUGGUCCAGCAUGUACCCCAACCACCCGUAUCAGAAUUCGUACCACCAAUACCACUGGAUGAAGAAGAGGACAGUGGACCACCACCAUCGCUGGAAGAACAACAAGCAUUGAUGAAUGAGGCUAUAGAAAAAGCAAGAAAGGCAGCAAGUUUGCACAAUAGAAUUCAAGCAAAGUUGCCGUUGAUGAGCAGUGUGGCUGGAAAUCUAUUCAGAUCUGCUGCAGUCAAUCUUUCGGCGGUAAACGACAAACCAUCGGCGUUGAUUCUUGACGACAAGGGACGAGCUGUUGACUCGAGCGGGAAAGCUCUCAGCAUGAUGAGCAGAAUGCCAACUCUGAAAGCAAACAUCAGGGCGAAAAAACGCGAGGCUUUCAUGCAGGUUGAAAAGCCGACGGAUGAUAUGGCAAAUAAAUCCUUCUUCGACAACAGAGUUAGUUCAAAAUCGUCCACAAGAUCCAAACGCGCAUUCAAGUUCCACGAGAAAGGAAAGUUUCAGCAAAUCGCUCAAAAAAUUCGUGCCAAGGCUCAACUGGAAAAACUACAAGCUCAAAUUGCCGCUGCAGCAAAGAAGACUGGAAUAUCGUCUGCAACGAAGCUUGCACUGAUUACCCCCAGCAAAGACGUGCAACAAGACAGCGUCCCGGAUGUCGAGUGGUGGGAUGCAGCCGUCAUGCCCAAUAUGAAAUAUGAUGCAUUCCUUAUGAUUGCUGACCAAGACAAACCAAAAUAUCUUCAAGGAUUAACUUCCUACAUUGAGCAUCCGAUACAGCGACAUCCCCCGGCGGAACCCAAAGAAACUCCAAUACUACCGAUGAUGUUGACUAAAAAGGAACGCAAGAAGAUACGAACUCAGCGACGUCGUGAGGUUGAGACUGAAAAACAAGAGAAAAUACGACUUGGUCUUGAACCACCACCUCCUCCUAAAGUUAAGAUUUCGAAUCUCAUGCGAGUUCUUGGCAGUGAAGCAGUUCAAGAUCCAACCAAAGUGGAAGCUCACGUUCGUGCUCAAAUGGCUCAACGUCAGAGAGCUCACGAGGCUGCAAACGAAGCAAGGAAGCUAACGCCAGCGGCACGACGGGAGAAAAAUAUAAAAAAACUGAACGAAGACACGAGUUUUGGCGUUCAUGUCAGUUUAUAUCAAGUCAAAGACCUUCACCAUCCACAAAAACAAUAUAAGGUCGACACAAACGCGAGACAGUUGUAUAUGACAGGUUGUGUUGUGUUGUUAAGAGACAUGAAUCUCGUGAUUGUCGAAGGUGGGCCGAAGGCGCAAAAAAAAUACCGCAGGUUGAUGUUACAUCGAAUAAAGUGGGCCGAAGGCUCAAAAAAGAACGCAAAUUCGGAUGACGAAGGCGAGAAAACGGCGCAAAAUUUUUGUCGUCUUGUUUGGGAGGGUGCAGAAAAAAAGCGACAUUUUUCCGACUUCAAGUUAAAAACAUGCGCCAACGAGGCGUCGGCGAGGGAGUAUCUAAAAACCUACGGUGUUGAGCAUUACUGGGAUUUGGCCAUAAGCGAGUCAGUCCUAGAAGGUGCAGAGGACUGAAAUCCAAAUGAUUCUUAAUGAGUUGAAAAAAUUUCCAAGGCCUGUUGAAUAUGAUUGCAUUCCCCCUGUCGCUAUGAUGGAAACCACGAACAAGAAAUGCGUUCUUGCACUGCCUUCCACACAUUUCCACGUGAAUUACAAACAUUCAAUAUUUUAUUAUUAAAAGUUCGAACUACACUCAGAAAUAAUAGUUGUGUUUUUCAUUUUCUCAGUUGAUAUGUUUUCUUGUCAAGCACGAAAUACACAUUGGCGUUGCUA